AUGCCUCCAGUCUACUAUGGAGAUGCGACAAAGACCACCUCCGCGCCGCCGUCGAAGCGGUCCGUCAAAACUGAUCCCAGCGCCAGCGGCGAUUUCCAGAUUCCCACAGCCUUCGACUCGGCGCUGUCCAACAACUUCACAAACAAUUGCGCGACUUUCUUCAAGACGAUGCUACAUAGCGAGACCGUAACCAGCUGUCAUCCUUUCUCCUUGAUGCUGCGAACUUCGAACGCGCUGUUCAAGGCCUCCAAAUCCUUCAUUCGUAUCACACAAACCCUCGAGGCAACAUGCGCUGCAAAUUCGACGCAGUGUACAACCGGGAUGAACGAUCUUGCGAUCCAACUUCUCACAGACGAUGCGUGCAAAGUUGACUACGACAACAACAACCCGCAGGUGGUACAGGCUUACAAUGGCCUCAUCUCGUACGAGCCCAUGUACCUGGCCAGCUGCUUGAAGGACAACGAAGGCGACUACUGCUACGCCAAUGCCGUCACCAACACCACGUCCGAAGGCGUCGAUGCGAUUCCCUUUUAUCUACCGUUGGGAGUGGGCAUGACCGGCGGCGCGCGCCCUACAUGCAACUCUUGUCUCCAGGACGAAAUGGCCAUCUUUUCUCAAUUCGCUGCCAACUCCACGCAGCCCGUCAGCAAGACGUACUCGAGCGCUGCCGAUACCAUCUCCAUGUACUGUGGGACCGCAUUCGUUAACGUCACCGCCGCCCCACUCAAAGGCGCUGCCUCCACUUCGACCGUUGCCUUUACACCAUCGAUAUCCCUGUUCAUCAUGCUUUUCUUCUUCCUCUUCCAGUGA